GGGUAAGAUUUGAUAAUAUUUCUUGCGCCCUAACUCUUCAACAACAACAACAAUUUUGCCUUUAUCUUCAAAUCCAAGCUAUGACUGAUUGGCAAAUUACAAAGAAGACUCUCAAUGAGAGAUGCCUUUUCCUGUUUGAAUCAGGACAAUGGCAUGAUUGUGAGUUUAUUGUGGGGAUGGAGUCAAAUCAGCAGGUGUUCCAGGCCCACAGACUGGUGCUGACCAUGGCCAGCCCCGUGUUCGAGGCCAUGCUGUUCGGCGGUAUGGCCGAGAAGGCCCCCAUCAAGGUCCUGGACGUCAGCCCAGAGGCGUUUAGGAGCCUUAUGCUGUACAUCUACUCGGACCAGAUCAACCUGCAGUCGUUCGACCAGGCGUGCGAGAUCUGCUACGCGGCCAAAAAGUACAUGCUGCCCCACCUGGUGGAGCACUGCACCAAGUUCCUCUGGAAGGACCUCGAGCCGCACAACGUCUGCCGCGCAUACGAGUUCGCCAAACUCUUCGAGGAGCCAGUGCUCAUGGAAAAGUGCAUGAAGAUCAUCACCCAACAGACGGCCAAGGUGAUCGCCACGUCGGCCAUCGAGGACGUCGAGCACGCGUCGCUGAUCGCCAUUCUGGAGCAGGACUAUCUGAAUAUCACCUCGGAGCUGGACAUAUUUAACGUGCUGGUGCGCUGGUCCCGCAAGGAAUGUCAGCGACGGCCACUGGAGGUCAACGCCGUCAACCAGCGCAUGGUACUCGGCGACGCGCUCUACCGGGUGCGCUAUCUGACGAUGAAUGCCACCACGUUCGCCAACGGUCCGGCCGUGUCGGGCCUGCUCUCGCCCGAGGAGAGUCUGGCCAUCGUCAUGAACAUCCUGACGCCGGGCAAGUGGCCGCUCCCGGACCACCUGGACGGCUCGACGCUGCCGCGCGGCGCGUGCCCGCCGGCGCCGGCGGCGGCGGCCGACAGCCAGCUGCCGGGCGGCAGUCGGCGGCUCUGCGCGCGGCCCAUCCUGGGCGAGCCGCACCAGCUGAUCCGCUGCCAGGAGGAGGCCUCGCUGACACUGUCGGUGGACCGUCCCGUGCACACGCUGGGCAUCAUGGUGCCCUCGCAGGUGACGGACAUCCCCACCGACUGGCUGCCGUCCCAGUCGCUGCGCAAUACGCCCGGCGCCAACCUCAACUACGGCCAGAACGGCUACAUGGAGCUACUGUACGCGUACGUGGCCGACUCGGACAACCAGCGGCUCACCUACACACACUUCACGUCGCGCGUCAACUACAACGACCUGGUGGAGAUCCUCUUCAACCGGCCGGUGCUGAUGCAGCCCGGCCGCGUCUACCGCAUCGGCCUGGUGCUCAACAAGCUCGGCUGGUACCCGAUGGGCGUCAGCACCACUCAGGUGCACGCCAGCGGCGUCACCUUCAGCUUCGGCAUCGGGAAGCCGGGCGACAACGUCAAAAACGGACUGGUCAGGAAGAUAGUGUUCAGCACGGACGGCGUGCCCGACCUGUGAGCGGCGGACGGCGCGGCGUGCCGGCGAUACUCGACGCAGCUGUGAGUACCGUGUGCUCGGGUCCCCAAUAGCCUGCCAUAUUGUGCUGAGCGUAUUUGAAGUUGAACAAAAUUUGGUAGUCGUGGGGUCGAUCGGUCGAUUCUGCUCUUAUAUGGUACAUCGAUUUUGUAUUAGAGAAGCCACGUAUCAGUGAUGUUUGAGAGGCUGUUUGGUCUCCUCGUGUGAGUAGUUUUGUUUGUACAUAGUUUUGUUUGUAGUUAGUUUCAUAAAUUACAAUCCUGUCGAGUGGUAGAGGAUCCUACGCAGGUUUGCAAUAGUAUCAUGGAGCUGCUGCUAAAUUUGUGCUGAGGUGGCGAUCCACUAUUGAUGAACAGCCAGGGAAGCCGCCGGAGCGUUUCGCUGUUACUGCUAUGUGCUCUAGGCCGCGUGUCUUUCUCCAGUCGCUGAGACCUAAAAGGGCCACUGUGUUUGUGUAUCACCUUUCUGGUACCUGCUGCGCCUCCUUCGUCCCUCUAUUCACCCGGGUGGCUCCAGCGGCCGAUUUCGUAAAGCCCGGUAAUAUCUUACAUCAGGGUGUAUUUUACUUCCUAAGAAACAACGCCCUGUAGAA